ACUUCUCACAAACAGCAAUAGAGGUGGUGUAAAUCUGUGUCUGGAUCCUACCACUACACAUGCCAGGCCAAAUGUGUGUGGCUCCAGAUUCCAUUCCUACUGUUGCCCUGGAUGGAAAACACUCCCUGGGGGGAACCAGUGUAUUGUUCCAAUUUGUAGAAAUAGUUGUGGUGACGGAUUUUGUUCUCGUCCUAACAUGUGCACUUGCUCUAGUGGACAGAUAUUACCUACCUGUGGAUCAAAAUCUAUUCAACAGUGCAAUAUCAGGUGCAUGAAUGGUGGCACCUGUCUUGAUGACCAGUGCCAGUGUCAGAAGGGCUAUAUUGGUACCUACUGUGGACAACCUGUCUGUGAAAGUGGGUGCCAGAAUGGUGGUCGUUGCAUUGGACCCAACCGUUGUGCAUGCGUGUAUGGAUUCACGGGUCCACAAUGUGAAAGAGAUUAUAGAACAGGCCCUUGUUUCACUCAGGUCAACAACCAGAUGUGUCAAGGCCAGUUGACUGGCAUUGUUUGCACAAAGACACUUUGUUGUGCAACCAUUGGACGUGCAUGGGGCCAUCCUUGUGAGAUGUGUCCUGCUCAGCCUCAGCCUUGUCGCCGUGGUUUCAUCCCCAACAUCCGCACUGGUGCAUGUCAAGCUGAAGGGGAUGCAGAUAUUCAGCAAGUGUAG